CUUGGCUGAAUUGGAGAUUUUCGAUAUAAUAAGUGAUCCUGCGUUGGAGACAUGUCUGCGCCAGUGGAACAGCAGCAGAGUGUGGUGGUCAGGGUAAUUAGCCUGCCUUUGGUCAGCUCCACCUAUGACAUGGUAUCGUCUGCUUACACCGCUACCAAAGAGAACCACCCUUACAUAAAGUCCGUGUGUGAUCUUGCAGAGAAGAGUGUGAAGAGUAUUACUUCGGUGGCCUUAACCAGUGCCAUGCCCAUCAUCCACAGGCUGGAACCUCAAAUUGCAGUUGCCAACAACAUUGCCUGCAUGGGUUUGGACAAAAUUGAAGAGAAGCUGCCUAUUCUUUAUCAGCCCAGUGACAAGAUUGUAUCCAAUGCAUCUGAUGCUGUGGCUGGUGCCAAAGAGACAGUCCUGCAAAGCAUCACUGGAGUAGUUGAUAAAACAAAAGGGGCUGUGCAUGACAGCGUUGAGAUGACUAAAGCUGUUGUGAAUGGCAGCAUUAACACUGUUUUGGGUAGCAGUGUAGUACAGAUGAUGAACACUGGUGUUAAUACUGCAUUGACAAAGUCUGAGAACCUGCUGGAACAGUAUCUGCCUCCAACAGACGAAGAGCUAGCUAUAGAAGCAACAAAAACUGAGGGAUUUGAAUCUGGAAAACUGCCCAGCUACUACAUCAGAUUGGGUUCCCUUUCUACUAAAGCUCGCAAGCGUGCUUAUCAGCAAGCUUUGACUAGAAUCGGUGAUGCAAAAAACAGGAGCCAGGAGGCAAUUUCUCAACUGCAUAAGACUGUGGACCUUAUUGAAUUUGCAAAGAAAAAUGUGAAUAAUGCCAAUCAGAAGCUGUUAAACACCUGGGUUGAAUGGACAAAAGGUGCCGGUCACGCUGCAAAUGAGGGUAGUGAGAGCGCAGAGCAAAUUGAAUCUCGCAUCUUAUCUAUGACUCGGAACCUCACUCAGCAACUUCAGACAACGUGCCUUUCCCUGGCAAUGAGUGUACAAGGACUGCCACAGAACAUCCAAGACAAAGCUCAUCGUGUUAGUGCCAUGGCUGGAGAAAUGUACCAUAACUUUCGCUCUGCCUCUUCCCUUAAAGAAGUGUCUGAUAACAUCUUGACAAACAGCAGAGGCCAGCUCCAGAAAAUGAAGGAUUCUAUGGAUGAUGUAAUGGAUUAUCUGGUCAACAACACACCCCUUAAUUGGCUGGUAGGUCCUUCUUACUCCCAGUUGGCUGGCUGUCCACAUGGUGAGCAAGAAGGGGAUGAGACAGAGAAAACCAACAAAGAUUAAAGACUGACUUGACUACAUUUAAGUCUUUAAGCCACAAUCUGCACUUUUUAUUCACAGAUGAACUGUAAUGUAUAUUGUUGGUUAAAGCACUGCUCAAACUCCAGUAAGGCUUAUACUAACACUUUUGGUACCCUGUGUUUAAAGCUUAAUUUUAUUGAGGCACAAGGUUAAUACUGCAUUAGCCCAUUCACAAUGUUUUGAUUAGUCUGCCAAUAACAUACUACCACUUUUUUCACAAUUAUUUAAUGCAAAGUGGAGUUUCACAGUAGACACCUCACUGUACCAGUCUUAUGAGCCUUUUUGUAUAUUUUUGUAUUUGCAAUAAAUAAUUAAGCAUUAA